AUGCCAGCGUCCACAGCGACUGGCCUUGCGCCUCUCAGCCAUGUCCCCGCCUUCGUCAGUGCUCGUUCUGCCAACACGCUCAUCUCCGAAAAUCGUCCAACUCGAAUCCAAGCCGAGACCCUGCUCAUCUUGAAUGCCUUGCUCGAUGAACUCCUACUCGUUAUUCUCAGCUCUGCCAAGAGUCUCGCCCCUGACCGCAUCAAGUCGGACGGCAUGCUCAAAAUUCUCAACAACAACUUGUUAGCCAAAGAUGCCGUUCUCGAAGCCGAGCUCGAGUAUCGCAGCUAUGUCGAAGGCAAGCGUGCCGAAGGCGCCAAAGUACCCUUGGGUCUCAUGGCUACCUCCCGACUCGAUGGCACCGACGGCUUUCCUGUGCAGAGCGCCUACAAAGCUCUUCGCACUCGCUGCCAGUAUUACUCCACCCUAGCCGAUGGCGACGAUGAUGGUGCCGCCAAGGAUCAGAACAUUAUGAGCAGCGACGGUCGUCCCAUUGCUACCGUAACACCCGGCGUUGCCAUUUACGUCACAGCGCUCCUCGAGUUCGUCGCUCAACACAUUCUGCAAAACGUCUCACGAGUCAUCGAGCGCGACAACUCGGACGAAGCCAGUCUCUACGAUCUGCUCGCCGCCAUCACCGAAGACGAGCAACUCAAUCCGCUCUACAACAAGAUGUCCAUCAGGCAAGAGGUAGCCCGCCGCAUCCAUCUUCACCAAGCACGUCGACGCAGGCUCACCGAAGACGGAGCCAGCCGCGGUCUCAGAUCCGAUGCUCGAGUCGUCAAACCCUGGCAUGUUCCCACAGAGCGUGACUUUGACCAAGCAGCUGGGUCGACACUCUUCUCACCUAAACGUGCCUCGAUACAGCAACUACUACCAAGUGACAACGGCUUUGAGUCGCCAGCCUCUUCAUCCAGGUACGCUCACGCAGCCUCGAGCAGCAUCUCGCACACCGACUCCUUACGGCCCAGCAUGUCGACCCUCCCUACCUCUUCUUCUUCCUUUGCCAACCACGCACCAGAUGCCAACGGCGCUCUCUCGCCUGGCGGCGGCAGUAGUAUCGGAAACCAGUAUGGCGCUAGCGCCUCGAUCGCUCUUGCCAAUCCAGCACGCAACGACUCCUCAGCCAGCAACACAGCCAGUGUCGGCCGACGACAGAGUUCCGAACGCAGCUGGUCAGGUGUCUUUGGUGGUAUCAAGCGUCGCAACAGCUUCAAGCACGGCUCCGAUCUCGCAGGUGGUUCAGGUCGUCUUCUAGCACCAACAGAUGCCAGUGGCGCUUCUGCUGCCAGUCAAGCCGACUCGGCACUGCAUCCGGACGACGACUUUGAGGCACUCAUGCUUUCCAACCAGACAAUGAAGGUCUCGCUUACUCCCAACCGACUCCACACCAUCGAAGUGGCCAAGAAAGGCGAUCGCAACAAGGCCAACACUGUUCGCAAACGUCCCGGUACCGCCGGUGCACGUGACGAUGCGGUUUCUGCUGCUGCCUUUGCUCGCGGACCGAGCCCAUCGCCUACUCAGGCUUCUCGAAUCUCGAUCACUGGCGACGCUCUUGCCUCCAAUACCACAGCCGCAACUGAGAGGACUUCUACCAGCAGCGCCACCCCAUCCGAUGCAGCGGUGCCAAGGCCGAGCUCGCGUGCAUCGGUUCAGACGACCAUGCGACCUGAGCGAAGGUCGCCAGCACCUCCUCCCUCGUCCUAUCGCAACCCAACUCCUGCCGUCUUUGGUCAGAACAGCUUGCCCUCACGCGGUGUCGCCGAGGAAGAUGCAGAGGACCUACCAUUGGCACCACCUCCUCGACGCAGCACGCCACGUCUGCAGCCACGUGACGAUGAGGUGGAACGCACCACCUCGACCAACAAGGAUCUCGUAGACCUCUUCAAGUCGAUGCCCCCCUCGGCUAUACAGGAGCGUUUCGGUAUCUUUGCAUCCGACACCUCGUCAUUGUCCGACAAUACCACCACCAAAAAGUCGGCCAUGGGCGAUCGCGUUCGCACCUUGUUCAGCCGCAAGUCGACUAGCAGCACUGGCCAUGUUUCGCCCUCUUCGCCUCGUCGCAAGACUUUCCGCUCGCAUCAGCGUGUCGAUCCCAAGGCGAGUCUCGAGGGUUCGCAAGACGCCUACAUUACCAGUAGUACGACCAACUCGCUGGAGCAGUCCAGGUCGCUUGUCUCGCCCAACGAAGUGCCUUUCAACAGAACUGCAGCACCACGUUCAUCUACCUCAACUUCGGAGCUCCCUACGGCCAGCUCCGAUGCGGGUUUGGAGGCCAAGCUCACACCGGAUGUCACUGUCAUCGAGCCUGAGCAUGCAAGCGCCAAUGGCACGACUGGACUCGGUAUCGGUAUGGUGACAGUCACUGGCAUGGGUGCCGGCGCAACUGUUGGCGCAGCAGGAGCGAUGGUCCUGGCAAGAAGCGCCAGCUACGGCUCACGAUCCACCAGCUACGCGAGUCAAACACACAGUGCUGCUGCGGACGGUGCUGCGGCGCAAGAUGAUACUUCAAUGGCAGAUGAUGCAUCCUCCACUUGCAAAACAAAAACACCCGACGAGUUGGUGAGCCGCAAAGUGCCAUGGGGCUACAAACGCAAUUCGACCAACGCCGGUGCUAUGAUCGAGCGUGACGGCACGCCCAACUCGGAUCGUCGCCGAAGUGUAGGCUAUCAGAGCUCGAACGGACAUGGUGUACUGCCUGUUCGUGGCCCCUCAGGCGGGCCUUCUUCCGACAACGGCCACGGACAAGGUCAGAGUCAUGCCUCUUCGGGAGGGGCUUCGGCUGCUGCUGCUGCUGCGACAACACCCUCGACGCCAGGAUUUGACGACGGUGUUGCGCCUCCGACGUCGGCAAGCUCGCUGGCACGUGGCGUCAACGCACCCACUGCAUGGUCGGGUCCAAAUGGCGGAUGGGAAUCUCAAAUGUUGAUUCGACGAGGCUCUCUUGGAGCCAGACCUUCGACUGCCAACCAGUCGCGUAGGCCAAGUGCCCAUCUCGAGACGAUCCAGCUUCUUGCCGAGCUUGAGAGGGCGAUGCGCCACUGUCAUAGCGUCGACGAGUGUCGUGAACUGGUGCGAAAAGCAAUGCACUCGGAUGGAAGCAAUGUGUCACCUUGUGCAUCUCGCUCGAACGGCACUACAGACGAGAGUCAGCGUCUCAAUGUCGAUGCCGGAGAUAGCAAAGUUCAAGUCACGACCGGCAAUGCAAUCGGAACCGCUGCAGGAGGAGCAGCACUCGCAGGUGCAGCCAUCGUCCGAGCAUCGACGGCGGCGUUGGCUACAUCAGGCACUGAAGGGUCAGCAAGUAAGGAAAACUCCGAGGCCAAAGAGGGCCAACCCCGCGGCCCAGAACCGAUCGUCAGCAGCGCUGAUAUCAAGCCACGGCAUGUCGUGUAUCAAGACACUUCGCUCGAAAAGGUGGAACAGAGCUUAGUGGUGGCCUGGUUGCUUGGAGGGGAUGAUGUUCCUGGAUCUCAGUUUGACAGUCACAAGGACGAGUCACUCGGUACGGAUGUAAGCGAGAAGCAGAAACAGCGUGUCAAGGGUUCAGUCCCUGCAGCGAAGAGCAUGUCAGGUGCACACGCUGCCAAGCAAGUAGCAGAUCGACAUCUGUCAUUGGACUCGGCUGCAUCGCAAGGAGAUGUCCCGGGACUGGCGUCGAGCAGCGUAGUGUCGCUGCAGUCGAACUACAAUGAUGCUCACGACGAGGUGGUGGCGGAAUAA